AUGGAGUCUUUUCGUGGCGACGAUCCCCGAGAUUCGUCUGUUUGGUCCGAUAUCUCCGAAAGCGACGCGCGCGGUGAAUUGCACGAGAAACCGACCGAGAGAAACGAUGACCCUGAAGCGCUGACCCGUGUCGAAACCUCCCAUUCGGCCAUAGAGCCCCCAAAGUCGCUAUGGCAGGAGGUCCCGUUUAUCAUCGUGGUCUGCAUGGCCCAGUUCAUGACCCAGGCCGGGCUGGCCAUCUCCAUCGCCCCGGUUUACAUCAUCGGCGACAGCUUCAACACGUCGAGUCCCGGUGAACUCAGCUGGUUCGCGGCCGCCUACAGUCUGACGGUCGGCACGUUUAUUCUGGUCGCUGGCCGGCUCGGCGAUGUCUUCGGUCAUCGCUUGAUGUUCGUCAUCGGCUUCGCGUGGUUCGGACUGUGGUCCCUGCUCGGCGGCUUCAGCGUCUGGUCCAACCAGCUCUUUUUCGACUGCUGCAGAGCCUUCCAGGGCAUAGGGCCGGCCCUGCUGCUGCCAAAUGCCAUUGCUAUAUUUGGUCGCACCUACCCACCCGGUCUCCGCAAGGAGAUGGUCUUCUGCUUGUUCGGCGCCACGGCACCCAGCGGCUUCCUCGUCGGCGGCAUCUUCUGUUCCAUCUUUGCCCAGCUCGUCUGGUGGCCCUGGGGUUACUGGGUCAUGGGUAUCAUGUGCUUCGUAUUUGCGGCGCUCGGCCUCCUCGUCAUCCCCAAGACACCUCGGCCUCGUUUCAGAAACUCCAUGCCCCUCUGGGUCCGACUCGACCUCCUCGGCGCCGCUGCAGGAAUCUCGGCCCUCAUCCUGAUCAAUUUCGCAUGGAACCAAGCUGCCUUGGUAGGCUGGAAGACGCCAUACACCUACGCGCUCCUGAUUGUCGGGUUCAUCCUCAUGGGUCUUUUCGCCUGGAUCGAGAGCUCCGCCGUGUGUCCCUUACUCCCCAAAUCCGUGCUCACCGGCAAUCUCGCCUGGGUGCUCGGAUGCAUCGCAGCGGGCUGGUCCAGCUUCGGCAUCCUCAUUUACUACUUCUACCAGUUCAUGCUCGUCAUCAAGGGCGACACGCCGCUGCUCACGACUGUCAAGUUCAUCGCCGCCUCUCCCUCCGGCGCCCUCGCCGCCCUGACCACCGGGUUCCUGCUCUCUCGUCUCCCGGCCAGCGUCAUCAUGUUCUGUUCCAUGUGCGCUUUCACUGCUGGCCUGGCUAUAUUCGCUACUGUUCCCGUCGACCAGACUUACUGGGCUCAGGCAUUCGUCGUUAGUUUGAUUACCUGCUGGGGAAUGGACAUGUCCUUCCCCUCCGGCACCCUCAUCCUCAGUAACUCCAUGCCGCGCCAACACCAAGGCCUCGCCGCCUCCCUGGUCACCACGACGGUCAACUAUUCUAUCUCCAUGGGCCUUGGGUUCGCAGGGACCGUUGAGUCGCAUGUCAAUCACGGAGGCAAAGACGUGCUGCGUGGGUACAGGGGUGCGCUCUAUAUGGGUAUCGGGCUUGCCGGUCUUGGAGUGCUCGUGUCGGUCUUGUUUAUGGGGGUUAGUUGGAGGAGGUAUCGUAUGGGGAAGAAGGAGGGGGGAGGAUAA